AUGUGCAUUUUUUAGAAUGUUUUUUAUUAUAUUUAAAUAUAUGGGAGUCUUCCCUAAAAUAAUUUAAUUAAAUUGUAUAAUUAUUGUUUUUAUGAUUUAGUAUUUAUUUAUCUACCUUGGAAUAUUUUUCCAUUUGAAACUUUUAGUAACCCCCUCUCUUCUAAACAUAUUUUCUCACACACAUGGCAAUGUUAUUAUCUUAGCCCUGGUUGUUUACUGUAAACUGGUGCUGCAGGACGCACAGGAGAGACAUGUUCAGAUGUUACAUAUUUGUAUUGAAAUGUUGUAAAAUUGUUUGUGGGAAAAAGUUUUUUUUAUAUUUUUCCAAAUUUAAUCAGAUUUGGAAAAAUGUGUUAGGAUGCGAGAUUAUGUGUGCUGUACAGAGCAGUUGUGGCAUGUCUUGCUGUAUAGGUGGUCUAUGCUGGUUUUAAAAUCCCUCGCUUUGAUUUGGCAUGGGGCUAUAAUGAAAGCUCCGUGUCCUGCAAGUGUUUUGGAUGUGCUUUUCAGUGGCGGUUACCACAAGAGGACUGAUAAUACGUGAUGGCCGUGCGAUCAGAGCCAGAUAACUUCCAUGUGGAAUAAACACAGAGCAAAAAAAUAGCAUUAAAUUAUUGCUAUGUCCUGGCAAAUUGCAGAAAACAUCUGUUUUUGUCCACAUGAAGUGAUGAAAAAGGGGGCCUUGUGCAUGUACGCAGGUGUGCAACGUGAGAGAUGGGUGUUUUCUGUUGUUUAUGUGUGUGUCAUAAGCGGGUAUUUACCAGGUUUUACUGAUGCACAAGUGCUUCACAUGCAAGGCUUAUUUGUCCGCAGAGCAGCGGCUGAAGCUUGUUGUCUUUUUCGAUCAUUUGCAUAUAGGCUGAUAUGCAACAUUUACAAUUUGUACUCUUGUGUUGGAGUGUUGUUUGGUUUCCCUGUGUCUCUUUAUUAGGACUCAAGUUUGGACUCAUGGACAACAUGUUUUAAACUCCAACAACCUCUAUACACGCCACUAUUAGAAAUAGUCCUUUGUUUGUAACCUUUAUUUUGUCAGGGGUUUGAAUUUCACAUCCACUUUCUUUUCCACAGGAGGUAGAUUUUAUCAUAUGCAGGAAAAGCCUCACCCACAUAAGUUUUGGCUCCAUGCAGUAAACAAGUUAGUUGAUUGGUUUUUGCUUUAUAUACUGUGAUUUAAUAAAGGAAAACAUCAACGUAUAAGCCAGUCCCGAGCAGUGUUGGUGGUACCAAUGCCAUGCUUUUCCAUUGGUUCCUGUUUACAUGAUGCCCACAGUGCGCGCAGUGAUUGGUGCGCGCCUCGCACGUGACCAGGCAACUUUGUACAUUUGACAGGGGGAGUAGGAGGGUUUAUGUGGAGAUCAGAAAAACGACAGCGCGAUAAAAAUUAGUAUUGUUGCACUUCACAAAUUAAUGACCAUGAGUUCCUACUUGAUAAACUCCAACUAUAUCGAGCCUUCCUUUCCUCCAUGCGACGAAUACCAGCACCAGCAGAGCGGAUACAUCCCCAACCCUGGUGACUACUACGAGCGGCCAAAAGAUACGGGCUUCCCCCAUCACGACGAGCCAUCCUAUCCGAGGUCAAACUACACAGAAUCCGGCUACGACUACGGCAAUGUCGCCAGCACCGGACUGGAUGAUUUUGGCGAUGCGCAUCACGCACAGCAGCCGGUUCCACAGAGCCUCACCGGACCUCGCCUCAACGCGGCCCCAGACGGUGGUGGUGGUGGUGGUGGCGCAGGGGCGAAUGCCAGCAAAGACUGCAGCCUCGCAAGUGAUGCAUAUCCCGGCGUGGCGAAGGGCAAGGAGCCGGUGGUCUAUCCUUGGAUGAAAAAGGUCCACGUUAGCAACAUCAACCCCAAUUACACUGGAGGAGUGCCCAAGAGGUCCCGCACUGCCUACACCCGCCAGCAGGCUCUGGAGCUGGAGAAGGAGUUCCACUUCAACCGGUACCUGACCAGGCGCAGGCGGGUGGAGAUCGCGCACACCAUGUGUCUGUCCGAGCGCCAGGUGAAGAUCUGGUUUCAGAACCGGAGGAUGAAGUGGAAGAAAGAGCACAAGCUGCCCAACACCAAGAUCCGCUCGUCCAGCUCGGCCUCCUCGUCCUCGGUGUCCUCGGGGGCCCAGCAGCAGCAGCAGAUCAAAACAGGCCAGCAGCUUGUCCCCACGCCGUGCACCGCAGGUCUAUAGUGCACUGAAUAUGAACCCCAUCCCACAACAAAAAAAAAACACCCCAAUCCAGACUGAGAUGGCAAAUAUCACAAGUGGAAUUUGAUGGACCGAUUCUCAGUAUUUUACACACACAUGGUGUUAUCUUCUUUCACCUUGCCUCUGCCAUUGGGCCCCUCUGUCACGUCCUUUGUACCCUUUCCUUCGCCCUCUUCAUAUAAGCUUGAAAUCCACCUUUUAAUUGCCACGGUUGGCAACUGAAGUGUUUAUAUAUUUGUUAUUAUUAUUAUGAAAGAAGGAUAACGCACAUUUCAAAAAGUAGGACUUGGAUCAAAACAAUGUAUCGUUAUACAGUUAAAAGUGAGUGAGGCAAAAGUAAGUUUGAACUCAUUUUUUUAUGUUUUUUUUUAUUAUUAUUGCUCAUGGAAAGCUCUAAUAUACUUGAAAGAUAUUUAGCGAGACUCUAUAGAUGCCUGUUAUAGGGAACCAGACGGCUGUUUUUAGAGGCAUCAGUCAGAGUAACAGUGUUUGUGUGUUUGAGUGGGUUGGUUUACUGUUGAAUGUAGUCCACGGAGACUUUCACAUUUUAAUGUACAUAGGCAAAUCAUAAUGAAGGCACAAUAAGGAAAAGCAUUUCGUCAAGUAGAAAUUAUGUUUGUCGGUGUUGUAAAGGUCUAUAGGUUUAUUUGUGCUAGUCCGUCCCAUGUUGUGCUGUGUUCUAAACUGUGAAUAUUUGUAUGUGUUGUCUCAGUAAUGGUCGUUGUGAUGUAGGCUAGUGUAGGUUCAAUAUGUCCUUGUGAAAUAAAUAUAUGUACUUCACUUAUAA